AUGCCUGUGCUGAAGCUGCAGGGCAUUGAGGUGUCCUUCCCCUUUGAGCCUACGUGGUCCCGGGUCUCUUCAUGCUUGUUCUGCGAAGCACGGCAUACCUCACCAAUGCCUGACAUAACAGUGAACAAGCCCGACGAGCUGCGCGCCGAGCUGCUGCUCUCGCAAACAGUCAAGGAGCUGAAGAAUACCGACUAUCGCGCCCGCUCUGCAGUGCUGGGUUCUCGCGAUCAGCUAUGCGUGCACCCUGAGGUAAAAACCAUCAGCAGCAAUGCUGCCAAAACUCGUGUCUGCAAGAUUCGCGUCAACGCCCAUGACUGCAGCUUUUAUCAAAACGUAGACCCCGUGUUUCGCGACGUGGACGCCGACCUGGCCACCAACCCCCAUCCGGCCCUUGACCUUGAGGAUUUGGUCCAGCUCGGCGAGCGGCGCCAUGCCUGCCCCUACUUUCUGAGCCGCAGCAUGCAAUCUGGCGCCGAUGUCAUUCUGCUUCCCUACAACUAUUUGAUUGACAAGCAAACUCGAGCCUCGCAGGGCAUCGAUCUGAAUGGUGCCGUGGUCAUCUUCGACGAAGCCCACAACAUCGAGUCGUCUUGCGAAGAAGCUGCUUCAUUUGAUCUAACGUCUGCCGACUUGGCCGGCUUUCUCACGGAGAUUGACCAGCUGCUGCGAGUAGCAGAUGCAGACCGUCCUGAACUAUCCGAGGACCGCCUGCUGCUCCUAAAAAAAGCCGUGCUGGACCUUGAGGCUGCCCUCGACCGCAUAGAACUUAAAAACGGUGGUUUCAAAGCCAAAGGUGACUACAUGUACCAGUUCUUUGCGGAAGCCGGCAUCUCCUCCACCACUCACCAUGAUUUAAGCGAACUGCUCGAGCAGUGUGUUAUGACGCUGUUGCAGCAACAGGCUAACGCCACAGGUCGCUGCUAUCUGUCCAAGUUUCAAGAUGUUCUCAAGGUGGCCUUUAGUGAUGCCGCAAAGACUGAUCCGCGCGUGCUUGAAAAGUUUUAUUACGUUCAUGUGGAAGAGAAGGCCAAUCGUUCGUCUCAAAAGAAAACUUCAGAUUGGAGCAACUCUAUGCAAAAGCUGGACAAACGUACUGUUCGGACUUUGAGCCUCUGGUGCUUCAGCCCGGCGUUUGCUAUGAAAAGCCUCAUGGCUGAGGGCAUCAAGACUCUGAUCCUAACCAGUGGAACCCUCGCGCCCCUCAACAGCUUCAAGGCAGAACUCAUGACGGACUUUCCAGUCAUGUUGGAGAACCCCCACAUUAUCACGGGCAAGCAAGUAUGGGCGGGGGUCUUACCAGUAGGCCCCAGCAACGCACGCCUCAUAUCGAAUUACGAAAACCGCAAUUUGCCGGCCUACAAGAACGAACUGGGGAAUUCGCUGGUCAACUUUUCGCGAAUCGUGCCCGCGGGUUUGCUCGUGUUCUUUCCCUCCUACGGAGUCAUGGCUUCCUGCGUUGAGGCGUGGCAGCAGCCCUCUUCGACGGGUGCUUGCAUUUGGGACCGCUUAAGCCAGUACAAGACUGUCAUAGUGGAACCGCGAGAAAAGCAUGAGUUUGUUGCCGCCAUGCAUGCAUUUUACGACAAGAUUCAAGACCCGGCCUUGAGCGGUGCAAUCUUUCUGGCCGUGUGCCGUGGCAAGGUCAGCGAGGGUCUGGACUUUGCCAACUCCAAUGGUCGUGCGGUCAUCAUCACGGGAUUGCCCUACCCGGCGGUCAAGGAGCCACGGGUAGUCUUGAAGCGGCAGUACAUGGACGAUGCUUGCCGUCGGCGAGCCACCACGUUGAGUGGACAGGACUGGUAUCAAAUGCAAGCGACGCGGGCGGUGAACCAGGCCAUUGGUCGCGUGAUUCGCCACCGGCAAGACUAUGGUGCCAUCAUCCUAGCUGACAGUCGGUUUGCUGAUGAGCGGCAGCGAGCCUGUUUGCCCAAGUGGCUGCAAAAGCAUGUCGAGGUCUUUACUAAAUUUGGCGAGGCUCAGCGAAGUCUUACACUGUUUUUUCGGCGAGCCAAGGCCGACCCCGAGCUGCUGUCAGCCGAGCAGGACGCUCUCCGGGAAGCAGCUCUCAAAGCCAGUGCUCCACCAAGCCACGCAUUGCUGGGAGAGGGUACCUUUGCCGCAGCUGGGCGGCGCGCGGCCCGAUCAACGGGAUCGUCGCGGGGGGGUGUCGAUGGUACCGGGGCUACAACCGCAGCGCCAGCUCUGCAAAUUGCCUAUGACUUUUCCGAUCGGCAGCACCCUGCACUGCAGGCCACUGAGACACCGACUCGACCAAAACUAGUCGACCCGUCACUGUUGCAGCCGCAGGCAGCGCGUCAGCCCAGUUCAAACUCGGGGGGUCCGGAACUGCUGUCCGUUCCUGUGAUGGCCGCACCUCAGUCGACCGCACGGGCCAGUGUAUCGCAACAGCUGCAUGCGGCAGGCCGCUCGCUGUAUCAAAAACCAGGUCCAGAGCCCAGUAGGGAGGACCAUUUGUCUGGUGGAGCGGAUGCUUCAGCGGUUGCAGCCGCCACCGAGCAACGCAAGGAGGCCGCGUUUGCAGUGCUGAAGGAGCUGAAGCGUGUGUGCACGCCCGAGAAGCUGAUGCAAGCCAAGCAAUACCUGAAGCGCUUGCGCCUGGUGCGGGCCCAGCCCUCGCGCAAGGUACUGGUGGAGCUGGCCGUGCAGCUGUACGAUGCCACGGAUGGUGACUCCAACGUGCUCAGCCUGAUUGGUGAACAGUUUGAAGGGCUUAGCAAAGUGUACUGGGAUUCGGCCAUUACGCGACUUGACGGAGGUGAAGCUCCCGAGGUGGUGAAGCGACUGGUGGAGCCCGAGGCCGAGGAUGCACGAGCCGCCAAGCGGGCCAAGCUGCGUGCCGUCUUUGACGAGAUUGGGCGACUCUGUGGGGAGGAGGCUGUCCGACGGACACAGGAGCAUUUGACGGCCUAUCGGCGAGCCACGCCCACGCCCCCGUUGGCCACCCUCUUUUCAGCCUUACAAGAGGCAUUGGAGCGGGAUGCACGGGCUUUGCAGUUGAUGGAGGGCUGCCUGCCGCCGUCCAAGCAGCUCGAAUGGCGACGCCUGCAGACGCCGGCGCCCACAACCUGA